GGUCAUCAUCACCUCCUCUCACCAUGAAAGGAGAAUUCAAGAUUUAGAGAAAUGUCAUUCCAGUAGUUCCAGCUAUAGUGCUUGAAGACAAGGUGGAGAGUCCUAAGGGAAGUGGCAGGCAAACUGUGUCUGUCUCUAAACUCCUGGGCCUCCUUUUUCGUUUUCCUCUCUUUCUAAGCAGCAGCAUCGCCACCCUCCCCCACCCCAGUUCACUGACCACUAAAAAUCAUAAUACCUACAAUUUUGGUGUGUUUUGUGUGCCAGCACCGCGUAUGCAGUUACAACAUCUCAUUUAAUCCUUGUAACCCUGUGUAUGUUGGUAUUGUUAGAACUGGGGAAGCUGAGGAUCAGAGCUGUUGAGUAACUUGCCAGAGUCGUUCAGCUAGAAAGGAGUAGAACUGGUUUUGUGAUUCCAGAGCCCACUUCUUUUCCAGGCAGUCUCUGCCUACCCUCCUCCAAAACACCCCACAACAAAACAACAGUCCGGAGGCACACCUGGGGAUAGUCGGCUUCUCUGGCUGAGGUGUCGCAUCCCCUGGCUGCUGAGAACCAGCCCUCGACCUCUGCCUGAGGGUCCUUCCUCUGAAGACAUCACCAGUGUGUGGAGCCUGCCGCACACCCACCCCUUGCCAAACCACGGCCUUUACCUGUGUCUUCCGGUGUUUCCCGUGCGACCCAUCCUGUGGGAGUGCCUCGUGGGCCACCCCGGAGUUCAGCCCACGUUCAGCAGCGCCAAUGGUGAAGAUGACAAGAUCCAAGACUUUCCAGGCAUACCUGCCCUCAUGCCAUCGGACCUACAGCUGCAUUCACUGCAGAGCCCACUUGGCCAAUCAUGAUGAACUCAUUUCCAAGUCGUUCCAAGGAAGUCAAGGACGAGCAUACCUCUUUAACUCAGUAGUUAACGUGGGCUGUGGACCUGCGGAAGAGCGUGUGUUGCUAACAGGACUGCACGCCGUCGCAGACAUCUACUGUGAAAACUGCAAAACCACUCUGGGCUGGAAAUACGAACAUGCCUUUGAAAGCAGCCAGAAAUAUAAAGAAGGCAAAUACAUCAUUGAGCUAGCACACAUGAUCAAGGACAAUGGCUGGGACUGAGCGGAGAGUGUCUCCCCAAUCCAGUGUCCGCGUGAACGCCAUCCAACCGAACAUUCUACCCAAGCGUGAGAGAGUGACUGAACACUUGGUUCCAUCCAUUUAGGGGCCUUGCCAUCUGGGGCAUUCUCCCACCCUGACGCCAUCUUUCUGGUGACCGGCCUCUAAAUCGCUGUCUCUCUGUCUCUUUGCUUUGUAUCUGUUUGUGAGUUGAUCCUGGCUUCUCUCUCUGUUCGAGUGUUGGCUGAAAACGAAACAACAGAAGGAACAGAUGUCUGUCCGCAUGGCGGCAGCCCACUUUGAGAAGGGCCCCGAGGCCCAGGAAGAGCUGCCUGAUGGCCCCUUAUCAGGAGAACAGUGGCACAGCACGGGGGUGUGAGGACGAGGGAACCGCGAGGGUCCCGGGGUGGGGAGGGGACGGGAAGGGAGAGGUAGGAACAAAAUUGUGCUGCUCCUGGAGACCUGGUAACUAGGCUUGAAAUGGACAAAGAGAAAAAAAAAAUACCUCAUGGCUGCAUUCUCUGAUCAGAAGCUUCUGCUCCUGACACCAAAUGUGCCAGGUUAGUGGAUGAGCACAAGAAAUAGCCCUCAUUCCAGCUGGUGGGGCAGGCGCCCGGUUCUCCUGGGCCGAGCCGGGGAGUGUCCUGGCAGCAGUGAGAGACUCGGCAGAAGCCCAGGUGGUUCUGAGGACCCUGAUGCCUCACUGCUCCUCUGGAUAAUCUUCUUUGCCUCUUCAGCCGCUGUACAGGGGAGGGGACUGCCAUUUGCAAUGGGUGCAAGUUCCAAACAUCCCAAAGGCUUUGACUAGCAACCAAGUAAAAUCAGUAACUAAGGAGAACAGGGAACAAAGCGGGGCGGGGUGCUGCUUGGGAGCUCCUGCAGAAGUGGUUCAGACAGUGGGCCAGAGAAAAUAUGAAGCAGAACCAGUUAGCAAUUCUGCCUGACCUUUCUUCUGAACCUUAAUAAGAGAAGAGCAUUGUGGCAAGGAAGUGGGGUGGGGUAGGGCAUUGCCGGGAAUAGUUUAGGUUUGAACCAUUACAAGUCAGGUGCAUCUUUCUUCUUUGGUUUGCUAUGGCUUCACUGACAUCAGCAAUUCUUUGUACGUAGAGUUUGGGGGUGUUUUUCUCCAGUUCUGUCGUGGUAGAUCGUGGAAAGCGAAGUCCCAAGGCUUCGAGCUUAGUGAUAACCUGGCUGGCAAAUUCCUCAUGCUCCUCCCCGUUCUCCUUGUUCUUGUGUGGGGAGAAGUCUGUCAGUAUGUUCCAGCAACGAGGAUGGCUUAGAUUUGAUGUCAGACAUCCAGUAUUGCCACCCACCCCACCUUCCCCAUCCGAAGUUGUAUCAGGGAAGUGGAGAACAAAUCCCUGUAAGACUCAUGAGAGAGAGA